AUGUCAUAUGAGAUAGAUCGUGAUCAAAAUGUUGAACCAUCUUUAAAAGAAAUGGCGGGGAAAGCAUUGGAAAUUCUCGAAUCUCAUAGUGAUAAGGGAUUUUUCUUAAUGAUUGAAGGAAGUCGAAUUGAUAUGGCAGCGCAUGAAAAUGAUCCAGGUACUCAUGUUCAUGAAAUUUUAGAAUAUCAUGAAACAGUGGCUGUUGUUCGUAAAUUUAUUGAUAAACAUCCUGGUACUGUCAUGAUUUCGGUCAGUGAUCAUGAAACUGGUGGAUUAUCCCUUGCCCUUCAAAAAAUCCCUAACCCAAUAUAUCGUUGGUAUCCCGAUGUAAUAUCACGAAUAAAGAAUUCAUCAUAUAUAUUGGCCCAACGAUUGAAAAGUUAUUGGGACGAUGAUCGAACUUCAUUUAUAAAUAAAACAAUUCUUAAUGAUGGAUUGGGAAUUAAUGAUUUUACUCAAGAUGAUUUAACUUAUUUGAAUCAAAAUUUAACCAGUCAAGAGUAUAUCUAUUAUUUGGCUAAUAUGACUAGUUGGAGAGCUGAAUUAGGGUGGGCCACUCAUGGACAUUCAGGUGUAGAUGUGAAUUUAUAUGCUUAUGGAAUGAAUAUUGAAGCUAUAAGAGGAAAUCAUGAGAAUACUGAAAUUGGUGAAUUUAUAAAAAAUUACCUUAAUUUGGAUCUUGAUAGUAUUACUUUGGAAUUAAACAGUAAUAAUGAUUCAUUCCAUCUCUCUAAUGUAAACAUUUCUAAUUAUAAUGCUGAUCAUUUGGAACAUUAUCACCAUUUGUGA